GGGGGGGGGGCGCAAAACUGGGGUUGCGGCUGCUUAAAGAAGAAAAACAAAUAAAAAAGGAAGCCUCUUGAAUUCUGAAACUAGAAUUACCAGUGCUCAAGAUUCAAAAAAAAGCGUCUAGAAGCUGAUGAAUACUUUGACCAAUUCAGCUUGAAUUUGACGGCGAAGUGUUGUAGAAACUGUCUCCUUGAAUGAUUGGAAGGGGACUAGGGGAGGAUGAGGGGGUUCCCUCUGUGGAUUUAUCUUACUGAGGGAUGCAGACCUACCGCUAACUGGAUUUGAUUUAUAAGAGAGAACUCUACAGUUAAUGGCCACUCUUGUCAUGUUGCUACUGUGGAAAACAGAAUGGUCGAUAGGAUAUGGUUUGAUAAAUAGUGAUGAUUGAAGAUGCUACUUCAAUCCAUGUGAAAUCAAUGGGAGAUACUGGCUGCAUAAAGAGCUUUCUGAGCUUUUCUUGACAAGCUCGCCUUGAAGAAGUUGGAGGUGGAGGUGUAUUCUACCAUUAUACGGUCUUUCUCAAGCGGAUACAAAUACCUUUGCCUCACUGUAACCAGACAACUACACAACUAAUGUGGGACCAUGGCACUGCCCAGAUGCAUGUGGCCAAAUUAUGUUUGGAGAGCAGUAAUGGCAUGCUUGGUACACAGGGGAUUGGGUGCCUCAUUGACUCUCUGCGUGUUGGGAUGUUUACUUCAGGCUGCCCAUGUGCUUUCACAAAAAUUGGAUGAUGCAGACCCACUGGUGACUACCAACUUCGGCAAGAUAAGGGGGAUUAAGAAAGAACUCAAUAAUGAAAUUUUGGGGCCUGUUAUUCAAUUUCUUGGAGUUCCAUAUGCAGCCCCACCCACAGGGGAACAUCGUUUUCAGCCUCCAGAACCACCAUCUCCCUGGUCAGAUAUCAGGAAUGCGACUCAGUUUGCUCCCGUGUGUCCCCAGAAUAUCAUUGAUGGCAGAUUGCCAGAAGUCAUGCUUCCUGUGUGGUUUACUAAUAACUUGGAUGUGGUUUCAUCAUACGUACAAGACCAGAGUGAAGAUUGCCUAUAUUUAAACAUAUACGUUCCAACUGAGGAUGGUCCCCUUACAAAGAAACAGACAGAUGAUUUAGGUGAUAAUGACGGUGCUGAAGAUGAAGAUAUCCGGGACAGUGGGGGUCCCAAACCAGUGAUGGUGUAUAUCCAUGGUGGCUCAUAUAUGGAAGGUACUGGAAAUUUAUAUGAUGGGAGUGUCUUGGCAAGUUAUGGCAACGUGAUCGUCAUCACAGUCAACUAUCGACUUGGGGUACUUGGUUUCUUGAGCACAGGGGAUCAGGCUGCAAAAGGAAACUAUGGACUCCUUGAUCUCAUACAGGCUUUAAGAUGGACUAGUGAGAACAUUGGAUUCUUUGGUGGUGACCCCUUAAGAAUCACUGUUUUUGGAUCUGGCGCUGGGGGUUCAUGUGUCAAUCUUCUGACGUUAUCCCAUUAUUCUGAAGGUAACCGUUGGAGCAAUUCAACCAAAGGACUUUUCCAACGAGCCAUAGCUCAAAGUGGAACAGCCCUUUCCAGCUGGGCUGUUAGUUUCCAACCUGCAAAAUAUGCUAGAAUGUUGGCCACAAAAGUUGGUUGCAAUGUUUCAGAUACAGUAGAGUUAGUGGAAUGCCUACAGAAGAAGCCUUACAAAGAACUUGUUGACCAAGAUAUUCAACCAGCACGAUACCACAUAGCCUUUGGACCUGUGAUUGAUGGUGAUGUAAUACCAGAUGACCCUCAGAUACUGAUGGAGCAAGGAGAGUUUCUCAACUAUGAUAUAAUGUUAGGAGUUAACCAAGGGGAAGGGUUAAAAUUUGUUGAGAAUAUAGUAGAUAGUGAUGAUGGUAUAUCAGCUAGUGAUUUUGACUUUGCUGUUUCCAAUUUUGUUGAUAAUUUAUACGGAUAUCCUGAAGGCAAAGAUGUUCUGAGAGAAACCAUUAAAUUCAUGUAUACUGACUGGGCUGACCGUCAUAACCCUGAAACCAGAAGGAAAACAUUACUGGCUUUGUUUACAGACCAUCAGUGGGUGGCACCAGCUGUAGCUACAGCAGAUCUUCACUCAAACUUUGGUUCACCUACAUAUUUCUAUGCCUUUUACCAUCAUUGCCAAACAGAUCAGGUUCCAGCUUGGGCUGAUGCAGCUCAUGGAGAUGAAGUUCCCUACGUACUAGGAAUCCCCAUGAUUGGACCUACAGAAUUAUUUCCUUGCAAUUUUUCCAAAAAUGAUGUGAUGCUGAGUGCAGUUGUAAUGACAUACUGGACAAAUUUUGCCAAAACUGGUGACCCGAAUCAACCAGUCCCUCAAGACACGAAAUUCAUCCAUACUAAACCCAACCGCUUCGAAGAAGUAGCAUGGACCAGAUAUUCCCAGAAAGAUCAACUUUAUCUCCAUAUUGGAUUAAAACCAAGAGUUAAAGAACAUUAUAGAGCCAAUAAGGUGAACCUCUGGUUGGAGCUGGUACCUCAUCUGCAUAAUCUCAAUGACAUUUCUCAGUAUACCUCGACAACAACUAAAGUGCCAUCAACUGACAUCACUUUCAGACCUACGAGAAAGAAUUCUGUACCCGUCACAUCAGCAUUUCCCACUGCCAAGCAGGAUGAUCCCAAACAACAACCAAGUCCAUUUUCAGUGGAUCAAAGGGACUACUCCACAGAGCUGAGCGUCACUAUUGCAGUUGGAGCAUCACUGCUGUUUCUGAACAUCCUUGCCUUUGCAGCCCUGUACUACAAAAAGGAUAAGAGGAGACAUGAUGUUCAUAGGAGAUGCAGCCCUCAGCGCACUACUACCAACGAUCUGACCCACGCACAAGAAGAGGAGAUCAUGUCCCUCCAAAUGAAGCACACUGAUUUGGAUCAUGAAUGUGAGUCCAUCCAUCCACAUGAGGUGGUUCUUCGGACCGCCUGUCCCCCAGAUUACACACUAGCUAUGAGGAGGUCACCCGAUGAUGUUCCCUUAAUGACACCCAACACCAUUACAAUGAUUCCCAACACUAUACCAGGGAUUCAACCCUUACACACAUUCAAUACAUUUACCGGAGGACAGAACAAUACUCUGCCCCAUCCCCAUCCCCACCCCCAUUCACAUUCAACAACCAGGGUAUAG